AAUGAACUUGAUUUAAAAAUCCAGGAAGGAUUUUUAUGUUUCCACCCGGAGCGUUUGAAGUGUGACACCGUCAUUGCACGUGCGCCUGUGAUGCUGUCGAGAUGCCAAAGAAGGGCAGAAGAGUGAAGAAGUGUGAUGGACAGGAGGAGGAUGUACCUGUGAAGCAGAUGAAGAUGGGGAACCCGCUGUGCUUCGACUCUCCGAGGGAUUUCUUCCAGAGUCUGAUCAGUCCGGUCAGCCUGGACCAGUUCUUCCUUCAGUACUGGGAGCAGAAGCCACUGGUCCUGCAGCGCAACGAUCCGGCUCUGGCCUCGUACUUCCACUCGCUGUUCCAGCUGUCCGACGUCAGGCAGCUGUGCGCUCGCGGCCUGCGCUACGCCCGAGACCUCAACGUGUGCCGCUGCGUGGACGGCCAGAAGAGAGUGCUGAAUAAAGACGGCGAGGUGAAGUUCAGCCAGCUGAAGAAGGACCUGGAGGAGAGCAGAGCCACCAUACAGCUGCACCAGCCUCAGAGGUUCAAGGACGAGCUGUGGCGUAUUCAGGAGCGGCUGGAGUGCUUCUUUGGGUCGCUGGUCGGAUCCAACGUCUACAUCACGCCUCGGGGCUCUCAGGGUCUGCCGCCGCACUACGACGACGUGGAGGUGUUCAUCCUCCAGCUGGAGGGACAGAAACACUGGAGGCUUUACCAGCCCACCGUCCCCCUGGCCCGCGAGUACAGCCUGGAGCCCGAGCAGCGCAUCGGCCCCCCCACACACGACCUCACCCUGCAGGCUGGAGAUUUGCUGUAUUUCCCCCGAGGAACGAUUCACCAGGCCGACACUCCUGCAGACGUGGAGCGGUCCACACACCUCACACUCAGCACCUACCAGAACAUGUCGUGGGGCGACUUCAUGCUGGACGUGUUUCCCGGGUGUGUGUUAGACAGCAUGAGACGUGAACACGGGAUGCGCUGCGGUCUUCCUCGUAACGUCCUCACGUCUUCCAGCGUGGCUGCUGAGGUGAAUAAGCAGGUGUGUGUGUUCCUGCGGCGUGUGGCUGAUGAUGUCGAGCGGGGGGAUCAGGACUUGCGCUCCAGUGCGAUGAAGAGAGACUUCGUCUGCCACCGACUGCCACCCUUCCUGGAGGACCGAGCCGGCGCUGAUCCUGUUGGGAAACCGCCGUCGCUGGAGGACACUGUGUGUUUGCGGUUUAAAGAGCAUCUUCUUCUAACAGUGGAGCCCAGUCAAGAGAACACUGACGAGGCCACCGAGCUGGUCGUGUUUGUGUUGCAUUCUUUAAAGAACAAGAGAGAAACACACAUGAUGGGAGCAUCUGAUGACGACGAAGAUGAUGAUGAUGAUGACGAUGACGAUGAUGAAGAGGAGGUCGUCUCACAGGGUCUGCGGUUCCCCCUGUCUCAUCUGUCGGCACUGAAGCAGCUCAUGAACUCGGAGUGUGUGGCGGCUGCGCAGCUGCAGCUCCAGGACGAGGAUAAACUGGGGCUGAUGCUGGGACUGUGGAGCGAAGGCCUGAUGAGCGUCUGCCACACAACAUGACCGACUACACACACCGCUACACAACACGACUGACUACACACACCGCUACACAACAUGACCGACUACACACACCGCCACACAACAUGACCGACUACACACACCGCUACACAACAUGACCGACUACACACACCGCUACACAACACGACCGACUACACACACCGCUACACAACAUGACCGACUACACACACCACCACACAACAUGAGCUUUGUUUAUCUAUGAACUAUACUAUCAGCUGAUUCUCCGGCACAUCUCACACACACACACACACACCUCUGAGGUCCAUCAGAAAUAUUACACUAUUAUUAAAUUAUAUAUUAAACUAAAUAUUACUGGAAAAAGUUGUGUGACCAAUUGUAGCCGAAUAAAAAUGUCAUGAAUAAAUCCUGUGAAAUAUUGUGUAUCAACAGCAGUUGCAAAACAUCUUGUUCAAACAAACACAAAAUGAAUUUUCCGACUUAAAUUUAUUGUUCAGAUUCGUACUGCUUUUAAAACUGCUGAUUAUGAACAUCACUGUACACAUUAUGUGUUUGGCGUACCUCUGAAAUCAGACUACACACACGUCAGUGUUCCUGCAGGGCUCUUCACACACACACAGAGGGAGAACAAGUGUCCGCAUCGGUUCAUCUUCCAGCAGGACGUCCGCUGAGGUGUUCCUGAUAGUGCAAAUGUGCUUCACAAGAUAAACACACUCCUCCUCUUCAUCCCGCUCCUCCUCUUCCUCGGCCUCCUUGAUUUUUGUCUCUGAUCUCAGUUCUGCUGAUUUGUCCAGAUUCGGUCCCUGAUAUCGUCAUGUUUCAUCGUGUGUGUGUGUGUGUGUGUGUCACAGCACGUCGAGGUCCCAGCGCUGAGUGUCGGCAGCACCAAGCGGACUCAGAACCAGCUGAUCUCGGUCAGCGCCGCACCCACCUGAGAGAGAGAGAGACUGUUCAGAACACACACACACACUCUAUAACAGGCGCACACAUGUGUGUGGGGACUCUCCAUAGGUGUAAUGGUUUUAUACUGCACUAACUGUAUAUUCUAUCUCCUUCUAUGCAUGCUUAUGGACACAUUAUUGAAACGGCUGUCUGACGGCCACCUUUUGUAUUCUGUAAUACUGUAAACAGUGUAAGCAGUUUAGCAUUUUAAAGUACCAUUAACAGAAGUGACCGUAUCUAAAUAAAUUUCCACAGACAUA